CUCUGCCUGGUUCGGGUGGACCGCUUGCGAGCAGGGCGGUGUGGCUCCGCGGGGCUCGGGCAGGAGAGGGUCCGUCGACCCAGAGCCUCUUCCGGGAGGAGCAGCCUCCUUCCAUCCGGAGACGGAGCCUCCCCGGCCGGUUCUCGCGGACGGGGGAAGUCCGUCUCUCUCCCAUCAAACCAGCCAGUGGAGGGAUGGAGGGGCUUUGCUGGACUGCGAAUCUCGAGGAUGUAAAAGCUGGAGGCCUGUCGAGAGCCGAAUGGUUUGAAAAUCUUCUCCAGGCUUCUCUGUGCAACUCCCUCAGAUCCCAGGACUGAAAAGACUUUUCCAGACUCAGGAGAUCCACAGGGCCCUUCUGGAUCCCUGUCAGAGAAGAGACUGGAAAUGGAUGCAAACCAGCCAGCUUGGGAGGGAGUAGGAAAAGGCCCUGCUGCUGCUCAACUUGGAGGCAGUGUGGAGAUCUGGGCAGGACUCGGGCAGAAGAUCCCAGAGAAGAAAGCUCUCAGUUCUGAGAUUCAGCAUUGGCACUUCAGGAACAGCCCCUUUCAGGAGGCCGAGGGACCGCGAGAGCUUUGCAGCCGCCUUCACCACCUUUGCUGGGGGUGGUUGCAGCCUGAGAAACACACCAAGGCUCAGAUGUUGGAUCAGGUGAUCUUGGAGCAGUUUUUGGCCGUCCUGCCCAGGGAGAUGCAGCACUGGGUGAGGGAAUGCCGACCGGAGACCAGUUGCCAGGCGGUGGCCCUAGCCGAAGGCUUUCUGUUGACCCAAGCAGAAAAGGAGCAGAGAGAACACCAGAUUCUGAGGUCCUUCCUGGCAGAGGGGUGUAACUGGAUGGAUCCCACAAAUCCCUCUCAGGAAUCAUGUUUCAGAGGGAUCUCCAAGGAGGAAUGUCAACAUCAGAAUGCCUCACUAGAUAACAAAAUGGAGUCAUCAUUGUUUAUCGGUUCCUCUCCUUGUACUGGUGGAGCUGAAAGAGUGGCUGGACUUCCAGCUCAGGGUCUUGUGUCCUUUGAAGAGGUGACCGUCCAUUUCACCAGUGAAGAGUGGUCGCUCCUGGAUUCCAGACAGAAAGCCUUGCACCAAGAAGUCAUGUUGGAAACACGUAGGAUUGUAGCCUCUUUAGCAGUCAAUGAGCAGAAGUAUGAGAAUUACCAAGAGCCAAAUCUGGUGCCAUUGGAAAUAAUAAAAAUUGAAAUACCAGAAGAGACAUUGGCAGAUAAGUGGGGAAUGAAGGAACAUGAAAAAAGCCAAACUUACAAUGGCAAUGAAAUAUUCACUCUUCAGUGUGCGGAAAUUAAUCACUUUCUAGCCCAGUGUAUUUGCAAAGAAAACAAUAUGUGCAACACACAAGAGAGUGGGGAAAUAUACAAAGGAAAAUCCAUGUUUGGUAAUGACUUUGAAAUGGAAAAGAGCUCCAACAAUAAAAGUGGUAACAUUAUUCCCCAUAAAAUGAUCCAUAUGAAGGAGAAUCCCUAUAAAUGUGAGGACGGGAAAAACAGUUGCAGUUCAAUUAAUUCCCUUACCUACCAGAAAAGGAUCCAUAUGGGAGAAAAACCUUAUAAAUGCCUGGAGUGUGGAAAGAGCUUCAGCAGCAGUAGUUACCUGACCAUCCACAGAAGGGUCCACACAGGAGAGAAACCUUAUACAUGCAUAGACUGUGGGAAAAGCUUCAGUAUGAAAAGUUCUCUUACUUCUCAUAAACGGGUUCAUACAGGAGAGAAACCUUAUAAAUGUCUGGAGUGUGGGAAAAGCUUCGGGAACAGAGAUCAUCUGACUUCUCAUCAAAGGACCCAUACAGGGGAAAAACCUUAUAAAUGCACAGACUGUGGAAAGACAUUUAAUUGGCAUGGCCACCUGACUUCUCACAAAAGGAUUCACACGGGAGAGAAACCCUAUCAAUGCCUGCAGUGUGGGAAGAGCUUCAGUAUGAACAGUUCCCUAACUUCACAUAAAAGGAUCCAUACCGGAGAGAAACCCUAUCGAUGCUUGGAGUGCGGAAAAAGCUUCAGUAUGAACAGUUCUCUUAUUUCUCAUACAAGAGUUCAUACCGGAGAGAAACCCUUUCAGUGCCUGGAGUGUGGAAGAAGCUUCAGUAUGAAAAGUUCCCUUACUUCUCAUCAAAGGAUUCACACUGGAGAAAAACCCUACAAAUGCGUAGACUGUGGUAAAAACUUCAGUAUGAAAAGUUCCCUUACAUCUCAUCAAAGAGUCCAUACAGGAGAGAAACCCUAUCAAUGCUUAGAGUGUGGGAAGAAGUUCAGCCAUAGCAGUCAGCUUACUUCCCAUAAAAGGGUCCACACAGGAGAGAAACCCUUCACAUGCACAGUGUGUGGAAAGAGCUUCAGCAACAGCAAUCACCUGACUUCCCAUAAAAGAAUGCAUACAGGGGAAAAACCCUAUAAAUGUACAGAUUGUGGAAAAAGCUUCAGUAUGAACAGUUCCCUUACCUCUCACAAAAGGAUCCAUUCAGGAGAAAAACCCUAUAAGUGUGUUGAGUGUGGAAAAAGCUUCGGUAUGAACAGUUCUCUUAGAUACCAUAAAAGGAUCCAUAUGGGAGAAAAACCCUAUAAAUGCAUAGAAUGUGGGAAGAGCUUCAUCCGACGCAGCGAUCUUGCUUCCCACAAAAGGAUCCACACGGGAGAGAAACCCUUUAAGUGUACAGAAUGUGGAAAGAGCUUCAGUAUAAAUAGUUCUUUUAAUUAUCAUAAAAGGCUCCAUACAGGAGAAAAACCCUACCAGUGCCUGGAGUGUGGGAAGAGCUUCAGCAAGAGCAGUGUUCUGGCUUACCACAAAAGGAUCCAUUCAGGGGAAAAACCUUAUAAAUGCACAGACUGUGGUAAGACUUUCAAUUGGUAUGGCCACCUUACUUCUCAUAGAAGGAUUCACACGGGAGAGAAACCCUACAGAUGCCUGGAGUGUGGAAAAAACUUUAGUCAUCGUGAUUCCCUUACUUCCCAUAAGAGGAUCCACACAGGAGAGAAACCCUAUAAAUGUAUGGAAUGUGGGAAGAGUUUCAGUCACAACAGUCACCUUACUUGUCAUAAAAGGAUCCAUUCAGGGCUGAAGCCGUAUAUAUGCAAUGAAUGUGGAAAAAGUUUUGUUACAAGAGGUUCCCUUACUAAACACAUUAGUAUUCACACAGGGGAGAAACUGUAUCAUUGCAUAGAGUGUGGUAAGUACUUCCGGUUGAAAAGUCAUCUAAAUUCCCAUAAAAGAAUACAUAACAAGAAAAAAGCAGUCGAAAUGCUUUGCUCCCAGCACGACGCGCUCUCUUGGCAGCCGGCUGAUUGUAUGCCACUGCACAUGCUCGACUCCGUCUGCGUGGUCUGGAUAAUGCAGGCUAAGAGGAAAAUGGAGGUUUCCUGGGCAGGACAAGAAGAAAUAUUAAGUUGUACCUUCAGGCUAAAAGAAGAAGUUGAACCCUUUCCUGUUUCCAUCCUGUCUCUCUCCUUCCUAGUGGAUGCAAUGGAAUCACCGUUGGUCCCUGAAUCAUCUCCUUCUAUUGGUGGAGUUGAAAGAGUCACUAGAUUCCCAACUCAGGGUCCUGUGUCCUUUGAGGAGGUGGCCGUCUAUUUCAACAGCGAGGAAUGGUUGCUGCUGAAUCCCAGCCAGAAAGCCCUGCAUCGAGAAGUUAUGUUGGAAAUGUCUGGGAUCAUGGCCUCUUUAGCCUUUGAUGCUCAGAAGGAAAAUCAUCAAGAGCCAAAUUUAGUGCCGUUGCAAAUAAUCAAGACUGAAAUACCAGAAGAGAAACCUACAAAUAAGUGGGGAAGGAGGAAACAUGAAAAGAAGCACAAUUGGAGAGAAAAAUCUAUUCUUGAAUGUGUGGAAAUGAAUCACUUCCUGACCCAACAUGACUCCAAAAAAAAUAUAUGGAAAUAUCAAAAGAAAAAAACAUUCAAAGCAAACCCCAAUUUUAGUAACUACUCCAAAAUUGGAAAGAGCUUCAGCAGUAAUAAACUUACUCACCAUAUAAUGACCCAGGCAACGGAGAAGCCGUACAGAGGUGUGGACUGGGGAAAAAGUGUUGGGUGGAGAGAUAAUCUAACUUCCCAUAAAAGAAUACAGUCAGGGGGAAAGCCCUAUAAGUGCACGGUCUGUGGGAAAAGAUUCAGUUCAAACAGUUCCUUUGCUUCUCAUAAAAGGAUCCAUGCCAGAGAAAAAUCCUAUGAGUGCCUAGAAUGUGCAAAGAGCUUCAGGAACGGGGAGUGUCUCAAAUCCCAUAAAAGGAUCCAUACAGUGGAAAAACCUUAUAAAUGUGUGGACUGUGGUAAAAAGUUCACUGUAAAGAGUUCCUUUACUUCCCAUAGAAGGAUGCAUACUGGAGAAAAACCUUUUAAAUGCAUACAGUGUGGGAAGAGCUUCAGCACUAGUAGUUACCUGAUAUGCCAUAGAAGGAUCCAUUCAGGGGAAAAACCCUAUACAUGUGUAAACUGUGGAAAAACCUUCAGAAUGAACGCUUGUUUUCCUAAGCAUAAAUUGAUCCAUGUGGAAGAGAAACCAUUUAAAUGCAUAGAGUGUGGCCUUAGCUACAGAAAUAGUAAUCAACUGACCUCCCACAACAGGAUCCAUUCAGGUGAAAAACCUUAUAAAUGCACUGAGUGUGGAAAACCCUUCAGGACAUGCAGUUCCCUUGUUUCCCAUAAAAGGAUCCAUACAGGAGAGAAACCCUAUAAAUGCAUGGAGUGUGGAAAGUGCUUCUGUGUAAAGAGUGCUCUUACUUCUCAUAAACGGAUUCACACAGGAGAAAAACCCUAUAAAUGCAUAGACUAUGGGAAGGGCUUUAGACAAAGCUGUGCCCUUGCUUCCCAUAUACGGGUUCACACAGGAGAAAAACCGUAUAAAUGCAUGGAGUGUGGAAAGAGCUUCUCUAUAAAGAGUUCUACUUCUCAUGAAAGGAUUCACACAGGAGAGAAACCCUAUAAAUGUCUAGAGUGUGGGAAGAGCUUCAGCCAAAGCAGUCAACUUAGUUUCCAUAAUAGGAUCCACACAGGGGAAAAACCUUAUAAAUGCACAGACUGUGGAAAGACCUUCGCUGGCAGUGGUUAUCUGACUUACCAUAAAAGGACCCACACAGGAGAGAAACCCUAUAAAUGCCUGGAAUGUGCAAAGAGCUUCUGUGAUAACCGUGUCCUUAUUUCUCGUAACAGGAUCCACACGGGAGAGAAAUUGUAUGUAUGCAAUGAAUGUGGGAAGAGUUUGAGUUCAAGCAGCUCCCUUACUUACCACAUUAGGAUCCAUACAGGGGAAAAGCCCUAUACGUGCAUGGUCUGUGGAAGAAGAUUCAGUGUAAAGAGUUCUCUUACUGCUCAUAAAAGGAUCCACACAGGAGAAAAAUCCUAUAAAUUCAUGGAAUGUAGAAAGAGGUUCAGGAAUAGAGAGUGGCUGAAGUCCCAUAAAAUGAUUGGUCUCCAGGAAAAACGUUAUAAAUGUAUAGACUGUGAGAAAAGCUUCAGUGUAAAGAGUUCCCUUACUUCUCAUAAAAGGAUCCAUACUGGAGAAAGACCCUUUAAAUGCCUGGAGUGCGAAAAGAGCUUCAGGCGAAGUGGUGACCUGGCUUCCCAUAAAAGAAUCCAUACAGGAGAGAAACCAUAUAAAUGCCUGGAGUGUGGAAAGAGCUUCAGUAUGAAUUGUUCUCUUACUUCUCAUAAAAGGAUCCAUACAGGAGAGAAACCCUUUAAAUGCAUAGAAUGUGGGAAGAGCUUCUGUCAAAGCAGUGCGCUUGCCUCCCAUAAAAGGACCCACACAGGGGAAAAACCCUACACAUGCCUGGAGUGUGGAAAGAGCUUUAGGAACAGCAGUUAUCUGAACUCUCAUAAAAGGAUUCACACGGGAGAGAAACCCUAUAAAUGCACGGAGUGUGGGAAGAAUUUCAGUUUAAAAAGUUAUCUUACUUCUCAUAAAAGGAUCCAUACAAAUGAGAAACCGUUUAAAUGCAUAGACUGUGGGAAGGGCUUCAGCCAAAGCUGUGGCCUUGUUUUCCAUAAACGGGUUCAUACAGGAGAGAAACCCUAUAAAUGCAUGGAGUGUGGAAAGAGGUUCAGGAACAGCAGUUAUCUGAACUCCCAUAAAAGGAUUCACACGGGAGAGAAACCCUAUAAAUGUCUGGAGUGUGGGAAGAGCUUCAAUCAAAGCAGUCAACUUACUUCCCAUAACAGGAUCCACACAGGGGAAAAACCUUAUAAAUGCACAGACUGUGGAAAGACCUUUAUUGUCUGUGGCCAGCUGACUUACCAUAAAAGGUCCCACACAGGAGAGAAACCCUAUAAAUGCCUGGAAUGUGGAAAGGACUUCUGUCACAGACGUUCCCUUACUUCCCAUAAGAGGGUCCACACGGGAGAAAUCAUAUGUAAUGCAAUGAAUGUGGAAAGUGUUUGAGUACAAGCAGCUCCCUUACUUACCACAUUAGUAUGCACACACGGAAGAAAUUGUAUCAGUGCAUGGAAUGUGGGAAGAACUUCACGUUGAAAAGUCACUUUACAUCCCAUAAGAGGAUCCAUACAGGGAAGAAAUCUUAGAAAUGUAUGGAAUAGCGAUAGGACUUGGAUGUAUAUUUAAUGGCGCAUAGUGCUUUAUAGCAUUCUGUGGGUGGUUUACAAUGUCAGCAUAUUGCCCUGGCAAUCCGGGUCCUCAUUUUACUGACCUUGGAAGGCUGAAUCAACCUUGAGCCCGUCAGAAUUGAACUCCAAGUAUUUCCCAUUGAAUGUGGAAAGACUUCUCGUGAAAUGUGGACCCUUUUCAUGAAAGAAUCCAGAGGGGAAAAAUAUCCAUGCAUGGUGUUUGGAAAGCAAUCAACUGAUUUCCCAUAAUAUGACUCACAUCAUGGAAAUGCCUGUAGGGACCAAAGUGUCCUUCAUUUCUGUAAAAGGAUCUACUGCGAUAUGAAACGAUAUAAAAGUAUGAAAUGCAAAAAGAAGCUCAGUAAAGUCUGGAAAAAGA